AUGUGGAAAUUAAUUAUCUCAACUGGUCAACAAGCCACCCGCGCCACCCGCGUGCAGCUCUCCAAAACCACCCCAUCCGCCAUCUCAGCGACUCCCUUCAGCACGACUGCCAACACCAAGAAGGAAGGAGACUAUGGCCUGCUGGACCGCGAGACACUCAACCCCGAGCGAUCAGAGACUGCGAAAUCUGGUACUGAUGGCGAAGUGGCCAAGCACCCCUCUGCCUUUGAUCCGUCGAACACUUCACCAGAAGCAGAGCACGAAGCGACUGCGAGGGAGAGCAGACAGGAAGGCAAGGAUGACCCUUUGAAUAUGAGCCCCGCGAACAAGGAUGUCAGUGCUUGGAGGGGACCGACUGAAGGGGGACCUGUUCGGAAUAAGGAUCGUGAGGCUUCGAGCACUCCUGGGAAGACGAAGAAGGGUCGCGGCAUUCAUGUCAAGGAGGAUGGGACUCAUGUAUCUUACCGGGAUUAA